AUGGAUCUAGGGGCUCUUCGUUGGUCGUUUACGGGCAAGACGGAGGAGGAGCGCCGGAAGCAGGUGCUGCUGUUGAUGUGCGAUUUGCCCCUGCUGCUGCACGCUCUCUUCUCUGUCUGCUUCAACAACUGCUUGGGCUUUACGCUCAUCCCCGAAGCGCUAAACAAAGAAAACUGGCUGGGAGAGUUCCUGGAGGCUGUUCAUCAGUGCCUUCAAGAAGUCGAGAGCGAAUCUGAAACGACACCUACAAUGUGGAUAUCGCGGUUCUUCCGCGCAGUUGAGGGGGCGCACAAGGCGCUGGCCGCUAUUGAAGAACAACGAAGGGCGGUGAAUGUUGUAGCUCUAGAGCGCGACCUCGCACGUAGGCGUCACCUGCUGCGUCAAGUGGAGGCCAUGCGGGAUCGGCGGGCAGCAGCAACCCUACGGGCGGCCCAGAAUGGAGACAGCACUAGCGACAGGGAGCUGCAAACAGAGACGCCGGAAGAAUGUGAGUUGUGGAGGGAAAUUCACGCCUUGUCGGAGGCUGUGAAGACCCAGGUGUCUUUGCACUUGAAUACAUGGGGGCAGCAGUUGGCACACUACAUAGACACACGGUAUUUGCGACUAGAGCAGUACGAACGCUUGGAGUUGUGCAAAGAAGAGCGUCUCCGAGCGAGCCACCAGACGGUGAAGCAGGAUGUGCUAGAGGUAGGGAAGUACAUGACGCGAGAACAGAAGGCCCUGGCUGUGCGCAAUAAACGUCGUGAGAUCGGGGCCAAUUAUCUCCCCUACUUCACCCUCCGCUCACGGGUCGGGAUGUUCGACGACUGCGUCGCUCGCAUCAAGUAUUUUGCCGGUACGCAUAACGGUGCCUAUAGAUGGAUUGGGGGCACCCCAUGGACGAAUGCACGUUUUGACGAUUACUCUGAGGCGCAGUUCACAGUUACAUUGUUUUCCAGUGAAGACAUACCAGAAGUAAUCGCCUGCAGGAAGCACAUUGCAGCAAGACUAGAGGGGGGCAAUAUGCCUUCAGCAGUGAACAGGACUUUGGGCGUCAUAGCCCAGUACGCCGAAGUGAGGCCGAGCACUUGGGAGCGAGACGUGAAGGGAAUUCAUAGGCCUGAGGUGGAGGCCCUGUUGCAAGAAAUUGCUAGCGCAGAAGAAGCAGAUCGUUUGCUUGGAAGGCCGCUGUUUGAAUGGGCCAUGGAAUACUGGCCGCAGCUCCGGAAGAUUGUCGAGAUCGGAGCGCAGCGAGCUACCCAAAAAGCUAGAGCUCAGCUCGCGGAAACAUCGAGUAAACUCGACGCCUGUCAGCAGGAGGCAACUUCUCUGCGGCAACAAUUGCAGGACCUACAGGCGGAACUGCGACAUUUGUGGAGCCGUGCAAGAGAGCCAACGAUCAAUCGUUGUGCAGUGCUGUUGCAGCAGCGGACGAGCAGGAUCACAGUGUUGCAGCAGCCGGAGCAGCUGCCGCUGCAGCAACUGCACCAGCAGCAAUCGCCACAGCGAGUUCAGGACGGGCAACAACUGGGCCCAAUGGGACCUGGAAUAGCACACCGGGAAGCAACAAGCUUUGCAGGAAGUGCCAAGCACGACUUCGGGAGCUGUCAUGCUACAGCUAGUGAAACCAUUACAGAGCAAGAUCCGGGAACCCAUCCUACUCCGCUUCUGCUGCUGUACUGCGAUGGCCGCUCAGCGCACACUGUUAUGGAGCGGGGGGACUUCCCGCGCAUUCCAAAGGAAGUGAGGGACGGUCUUUACGGAUAUCUGCCUGCUGGUCGGACGGACCACUUCACCCUUGAUGUCGUUCUCAGACUGCCAGUGCUGAGCAGCGACGGCUUUCGAAUGGUUUCGCUACAUUCCAGCAGCAGUAGUCGAGGAUAUUCGCCACAUAGGCAAAUCAGCCAGCAACUCACUUCCGUCUACGACCCGCUAAUUUGCACGCGCGUCAAAGAAGAAGGCUGCGGAGGAGCUCCUAGGAUUUUCGGAAGCAACCAGCGCGGGAGGUUUGAAAACGUGCGGGACGUCCCAUACAGAUGCGCGCUGCUGCUGGGAGCAAGGUACUGGACCGUAUCGAGAGGGAACAGUGACCGAGUACAGCGCGUAGACCUGGGAAUUGGUACGGGGCCUUCGUGGUCUGCCCCGUAUGGAGCAGGGGAGGUCCCGCCGUCUCCUUGUGAACAGUUCUUUUCAUUUUUCAAGCAGGACAUCAGUGAGACGACGCCAGGGAGGGAGGCUCCAUUUAUUCGGGUAACUCUGAGAUGCCAGAAGGAGGUUUCACCGGGAAGCGGGAGGGAUGGGCAGAAGCAGCCUCCAGCCAUGCGCGUUCUUCCAUUCAUAAAUGGAGAGCCUACUGAAACUUUGACAGUUCCCAGAAUGCCAGACUUCUUCAAGAUAUGCAGCAUUAGAGGGAUGCCGCCAGCAGCCAAGCGCCACAAAUUAGUUCAAGUUGUUGACAAUGCAGUGGAGCUGCUUUAUGUGCGAGUUUUCAGCUGUGACUUCGACCCUGAAGACCUUCCUGCUCCCCCGGAUCUGCAAUUGCUGCUGCCUGGGCAACGAUACGCGCCUUCAUUGGCACAGGGUAUAUUGCCAGCUGACACUACCGGUUAUGUACAGCCAGAAAAAGGAUACGGCACAGUUGACGAUGGAAUUGAGGAACGGCGGCAGCAGCAGCUGAUGCUGGAAUCUCUGCUACGGCGGGAUCCCACGGAGACGGGCAAUCGCCACGCAAUGGGCUUUCAACCUCAGCCACCGACAGGUACAGGGCAUUCUUUCCGAGCAAGCGUGGAGUGCAACUCAAGGUCGGAACGUGUCUGGGGAACACUGCUUGGAGACGAACAGCAGCAGCAGAACACGCCAAGUCGAGCCGCAGAGCGGCUUGCGCGCAGUGCACCUGUCCCGCCUUUCAUUCUACGAAAGCGAGGGGCCAGACAGACAGAGCCCGCCGCAGUUCCUGAAGAAGUGCUGAGAAUUUCUGGGCAGAGGUCACCCCGUCAGGAGGUGGAUUCUCAAACUAGCAAAGACGGUAGAGCCUGCCAGCCCGUGAAGGGCGAGCAAACAGUUUAA